CUAAACCUCUCACUGAAAAAUCAGCUGUUUAUAUUCGGCGAAAAAUGGCCGAGGGAUGGGCGACGCCGGACAAAAAUGACGAAAACUACCAUCAGUUUAUCGUCAUUGGCGCUGGAAUCGCUGGUUUAUCGGCGGCCAGUCAUCUUGCCAAAAAUGGUUUUAAAGAUUUUAAAGUUCUGGAGGCUAGAAAUAGAUUAGGAGGCCGUGUAGCAACAAUGCAAAUAGAUGGAAGUAAGGUUGAGCUGGGAGCACACUGGAUCCACGGAAUUCUAGGGAAUCCCUUGUAUGAGCUGGCUGUUAGUAACAAUCUUGUGGACGUUAUGCAGAGCAGUACACCACACAACGUGGUCGCCACUACAGAGGAGGGCAGAAGACUUCCGUUUCCGGUUCUACAAGAGAUAUAUGAAGCCUACUUCUGGUUCUUUAAACGAUGUGAGGAGUAUUUCCUGUGUAAAUAUCAACCUCCGGAUGGGGUAAAAACUGUUGGAGAACACGUGGAGCUAGAAAUUAAUAUAUAUUUACAAAGAUACCCCCCUCAGCAACGAUAUCUAAGACGACUGAUAUUUGAUUACUUAAUGAAGAGAGAGAGUUGUAUUACAGGGUGUGGAACUAUGCAUGAAAUUGAUCUGCUAAGCAUUGGAAGCUAUACAGAGCUUCCUGGUGGUAACAUUGCUCUUCCUACAGGAUACUCUAGUGUUCUAGCUCCUAUACUCAAGAAUAUACCUGCUGAUAAUAUACUUAAACAACAUCCCAUCAAAACCAUACACUGGCAGCAUGUCGAAUCCGAGACUGGAUACGAUUCAGAUGGAUCAGAUUCAUCAGUUAACACUGUCAAAUCUGUGGGAGGUGACGAUGAUGUUGGAUUAGAUACUGGACAAAUAAAUGGAAUAUCAGCUGUUUCACUGCCAGCUAGUUGCCGUACAUCAAGACGAGGGAGUACUGAGAAUUUAUAUAAACGAAAGGGUAAACCAAGGGUAAAGGUUGAAUGUGAGAAUGGAAGCAUUUUUCUAGCGGAUCACGUGAUCUGCACUGUACCACUAGGUCUACUGUCCUCUAAAAGCCUGUUUGACCCCCCGCUACCAGAGAAAAGGGUCAGCUCAAUGUCUAAACUUGUUUUCGGUGUGGUUAACAAGAUCUUUCUAGCUUAUGAUGCUCCUUUCCUCAACCCAGAUAUAUCAGAGGUGAUAGUUCUAUGGAACCGUAUAAAUGAGAAGGAAGUCCCAAUGGCAGAACGCUGGUAUAGAAAGAUCUACUCAUUUUGUAAAGUAUCAGAUACAGUGCUACUAGCCUGGAUUUGCGGGGAGGAAGCUAAGUAUAUGGAAAACUUGAAGAUGAAUGUUGUAGCAGACGCCUGCACCUCCAUACUUAGGAAAUUCCUUGCUGACCCUUACAUACCGAGACCAAAGAGCUGUAUUUUUACGUCAUGGGGAAGUCAGCCGUACACUGGAGGUUCCUACACUGCUAUUGGUACAGGGGGUACACAGGCGGAUAUAGAAACCAUUGCACAACCACUCUUCUCAAACAAAAAGAAACGAGUGCCGGUUGUAGCCUUUGCUGGUGAGCAUUGUCAUCCUUCCUUCUACAGUACUGGACAUGGAGCUUAUCUAACUGGUAGAUCAGCUGCUCAGCUUUGUAUAAGGAGUGUGAAGGAAAUAACACAGCAGGGAGAGAUUAGCUAUAAUCUAACAGAUGCCAGUGUUUCAGAUCUGUCCAGUUGGUUACAAGAGGUAAGCUGCGGGGAGAAAAACCUAGAAGACUACAGAGCAAAGACGAGUGGAUCAAGACCAAGACGAGACGAUGGUCAGUUCGUCACGCCAAGAUAAAGACCAAAGACUACAGUGAGAACCAGAAAACGUUCCAACAUUUGUCGUCUUCAAUGUCGGUGUAAGGAUUUAGUAAUUUGCAACUGAACUACUAUUUAAAAAAUGCAAUGCACAUUUUUAGAGUUGUGUCAGUUACAACAAUUGCAAAUUACACAAUUUCUGGUUCGCAUUGAACUUUGAAUUAAAUAACAUAUAAUUGUGACAGAAACAUGGUUUGUAGAGUUUAGAAAUUAGUUAAAUUUGGCCUGAUUAGUAAUCAUAUCGGGUUGUUUACUGGUAAAACAGUACUUGAGGUCAGAAAAUGCUUGCCAUAUAUUUUAAGUUGAACUAGUCAAAAUAAAAAGACUGCUUUUAAUGCACAACUAUAUAAAUCACUUAAAAUGUUCCGUGUUUUCUCAAAUGUACAGAUUAAAAAAAAUAACGUAAUAUUAUAAUCAUUCAUGACUUUUUAAAUCUAGUCUUGAGCUAAAUCCAGAUUUUUUUGUAAAAUUUUUAUUUUGAUGCUAUUUUGUAAAUUUAGUAUGAAUUGUUUAAUGGCAGUUACCAUGGAAUAAA